GGCUGCUGCAACUCCUUAAGACUGAUCGAAGGGGCGAAGGCGACUGCCGCCCCUACAGAAGGCCAGGGUCACUUCGGCUCACGACGCGCUUUCCUUUCGCAUCGGGGGCUUCGUUGCUCACGCCUCGUCCUUCCUCAACUCCAGCAAAGCCCCAACGCUGCUUCCUCCGUGCACGCAUGGCUCCCAAGAAGAACACAGGCGCCCCUAAGAGAAAGGACCCAGCCAAGAAGAUGCUAGGUAAGAGCCCUUCCCCCAAGGCAAUGUCUUUGGAUGAUGACGACAGCGACAGCACGGACUCAUCCACAUGCAAUAUGGAACGUGAGCCUGCUUUAGAAUGCCAAAAGGGCCCAGCCCUUAUGUCAACAGCCACUAUCAUAACAAAAGAUGACUUUUUAAAGGUAAUGGUGGGAGCUGUUGGAGUUUUUCUUGCAAUUGUCAUUGCCUUCCUUUAUCUAGAUGCAUUAGCAUCGUAUCAAUGUCAGAAGCAGCAACUAUCUGGCCCAGCCUGUCCAUGUGAUUGGAUUGGGUAUCGUGGAAGAUGCUACUUCUUUUCAACAGAAGCAAGAAAUUGGACUUCCAGCCAGAACUUCUGUUUAUCAGAGGAUGCCCACCUGCUCAAUUUCAAUCUUACCCAAGAAAAGGAGUUUGUGAUGCGUUACAGAAGCAAAACCUUAUUUUGGAUUGGCCUCAGCCGAGACCCAGGCCAGCCCUGGAAAUGGACAAAAGGAGAAACUGCCAAGCUGAAAGUGAUUGGAGAUGGAGGGAACUGUGCUUAUCUAAACCAUGAAGCUAAUGCCUUCUCUUUUGGAUGUCAUAACGAACUACCCUGGAUUUGCAGCAAAGUUGACGUAUUUAAAUGUGAAAAUACAAAUGGAUCAUGUAAUGACAAAAAAGCAACAUAGGGCCCUUCCAGACAGGCCCUAUAUCCCAGGAUCUCAUUCCUAGAUUAAGCUAGAUUAUAUGAGUCCCCACUGCUAGAUAAUCUGGGAUAAACAGAAAACUUGGGAUCAGAUCCUGGGAUAUAGGGACUGUCUGGAAGGGCCCAUAAUUUCCAAAAUACAAAUUUCAAGGGACAUCCUAGGAUUUCCAUCCACCACUUUGAAUGCAGGACCUGAGGACCAACUUCUGCUAACCUACCUUCUGCACCGAAUUAUCUUAGGUGCAACUGCUAAAACAUGUGUCAGUUGGGAAAAGAAAUGCCACAACAGAAUGAGUGUUUGUACAUGUUAAUGAAAUCAUAGAGAACUAUUGGUCACCAUGCCAUA